GGCUGCACAGGAAGUUCUUUUGUAGGCUCUAUAAAUACCUGGUCAAACAGACAGUAAUCUCUCUCCCUCUUCUUCAGAUUUCUACUGCAUGCCUUGGAUCGAUGCUCCUAAUCAGCUUACGAGCUUCCCUUGACCUACGCUUCUUUUCCUAAUGCGUAUCUGACUAUGGCUGUACUCAAAAUCAAAUUCACCAAAACCAAGAGGGACAAAUUGGCUCAGAUCUUAUGGAUCCUCAACUGGGUUUCUGUAGUGAGUGGGAUCAUUCUCUUCAGUCUUGGCCUCUUUCUGAAAAUAGAAAUCAAGAAACGCAGUGAAGUGAUGGCAAAAGGGGACAUUAACUCUGUCCCCAACAUGCUGAUCUCCGUAGGGGUCAUAGCGUGUAUCAUCAACUUCCUGGGUGGCAAAAUCUGCUAUGACUGCUCAGAUGCAAACAAGUUCUCUCGAUGGAAGCUAGUAAUGCUGCCAUACAUCGUAUGUACCUUCUGUUUUACCUUCUCCAUCCUGGUGGGUGCUCUCAUGUGCUAUACCAUGAGGAAUGAGUUGGAAGAGUCUCUCUAUCUGGGACUGAGGGAUGCCAUUAAGUUCUAUAAGGACACAGACAUACCUGGGCGAUGUUUCCUAAAGAAAACUGUGGAUCUGUUACAAAUUGGAUUCCGUUGCUGUGGAAACAAUGGCUUUAGAGACUGGUUUGAAAUUCAGUGGGUAUCUCCUCGUUACCUGAACAUGGCUUCCAAGGAGGUUCUUGACCGUCUGAAGAGUAACGUUGAUGGGAAGUUCUUGGUGGAUGGAGUCCCCUUCAGCUGCUGCAACCCCAGCUCCCCACGGCCCUGCAUCCAGUACCAGCUGACAAACAACAGUGCUCACUACAACUAUGACUUCCUGACAGAGGAGCUCAAUAUCUGGAUGAAGGGGUGCAGAGAGGCCCUGCUGGAUUACUACACUGGUAUCAUGAGAUCCAUUGGUGUUGCAGCAUUGCUUAUUUGGUUGUUCGAGCUCUCUGUACUGAUUGGUGUCCGGUACCUACAAACAGCCAUGAAGAAUGUCCUUCUGCUAGGAGAUCUGGAGGGUGAAUCAGAUGGUUGGUUACUAGAAAACAGUUUUGUGGAAACUGCCAAAUACAACAUCAGCAUCAUUAAGAACCUUGGCAAAGCCAACCAGAUCUCCACUGUGUCAGGCAUGAACGACCCCAAUGUUAAUGUACAAAACACAGACUGUGACAAAACUAAUAUUACAACAAAAUCCAUCCCUGCAGCUAGGUAGAUAAAUCUUCCAAGAAAUGACAUCACGAGUGUAGCUCUGCUCUAUUACAGUCCUAUAGUCACCGGAUUUUAUCUGGUGGGGGGAAAAAAGGUAGAAAAACUAGUAAAACAAUUGAACAAACCACAGACUGGUGGCACCUCCAAAAAUGCUGAUACUUCUUUGGAUGGAUGUGUUUUCACUUGUGAAAUCCCUGAUUCUCAACACUACAUGAAACUUCCGGAAUUUCCCCCACUUUCUGUCCUUUACUUACAGACUUCUAUCAUGGCCUGAAUGCAUGAGAAUAAUCAUUAUGCACAAGCAAAUAUUUCAGACAGGAUGGGUCAUAUAGAUUAGUUGAACAGGUACCAAAGAAGUUUGUCAUUACACCUAUAAAAAUUCCAGGACCAGGGAAAUGCCAAAAGAAAUUAUUACAUUGGAUUUAAAGAUUCUUUACAAAAAAGGCAAAAACUAAAAUGA